UUUGCUUGGUUUUUAUUCUGAAAUAAGAUUUUUUUUUUUCAGACAGGUUUAAGCUCUGGGUUCUGCAGCAGCAUCAUUCAUUGGUCUGAAGUUUUGUUCGAUUACAGGGAAGUUCUGCAUUGAAAAGUUCGCAUGUUAAUAAUAUUCUAACAUGCAAAGUGAACAAAAAAAAAAAAAAAACUCCCCAUUCAGUAAUUAUAGUCUUGGUUAUAGUUAAAAAUGAAAUUUGGGUACUUUUUAAGUUAAAAGUUUUAGCCAAUUUUGCUUUAAAUUCAUAUAUAUUUUUCUGAAUAUUGUUUAUUAUUUAUAAACUUAUAGUUGUUAAAUGCAUUGUUAUAAGCGGUUUAGUGUUAUAUCAUGUUCAAAUGAAAUUUGUCUUUGAAUAUUUUAUUGAAUUUUUUUAGUGGAUAAACGAAAAUGUAUAGACAUUUACUUCUGUAGAACAAAUUCCAAGAUGACGAGAAAUUUCCGCUCUCCUACUAAGCAACAUCCUCAGCAAACAAUAAAAUAACAAAUUUAUUUAACUAAAUCCCCAAAUAUUUAAUCCUAAAAGGCAAAAAAAAAAAAAAAAAGGGACCCAGCAUCAGAGUAGUCAAAUAAAAAACAAAGAAAAAAAAAGGAACACUCGAAGAAAAAGACUGUAAGUCCCAGCCUCAGAAUAGUCAACACUGGUUAUUAUUUAUUUAUUUUUCUUCUUAUUUAGAUUUAGAGACCAAAAAGAAAAACAUCCAAAAUCCCGGAAUUCAAAGCUGCAUUUAGGUACCCUUUCUUCUUUUUCUUUAUGUUUACUUUUUCAUUUUUGCUUUACUGUGGAAUAUUUGCUUACUACUGAGUUCAUUUCACUUUUAAUUUUGAUAUAUGCAUUUAGGUUCAUGUCUGAUUUUUAUUUCUCUCUCCUUUGUUGUGUAUACCACUAUACACCUGACACACAAAUAUCUGAAAUUCUGAAACAAAAUCAAGAAUGGAAAAACUAAAUGACUCUGUAUAUAUACUUUUUAUUGAGUUGGUGUCACAAAGUCAAUUGGACACCAAUUGUGUCUAAUUCAAUUAGUAAAUUACGAAAAUAUUCUUACUUUAUGAGUUAUUUUUAAGGUGUUUUUAUCAUUUUAUAUAGUAAAAUAGAAAAACAUACACAAUAGCAUUUUGAACCUAGGCUUUUAUAAUUUUUCAAUAUUUGUAUUUUACCAUGCAACCAAAGCUUUAGUUGUCAUUUAUACUAGGUUUUUAUAAAUAUGUUUGUCACAUUGUGAAUGUGACAGUGUUACUUUUUGCUUGAAUUAAGAGUGUGUAUUAUUACUUAAAGUUACUGACAAGCUAGGAAUGAUCAAACCGUAAUGGCUCCAAAAAGUUUUUAAACCCCGUAUACUUCAUUAUAUGUUUGCCUAAAUCUUGUCAUGUCAAUUCAAUAACAUUAGUUUAUUUGUUUUUGUAUCUCAGGUGGGACUAAAUGUCUAACACCUGAUGAAUUUAUUAUAAUCUUGUCCUCUUUCUUACUUUUUGUCUCUCUUGACUCUUUUGUUUUUUUUUUGAAACAGAUUAUACGGAGAUGUCUUUGUUAGAAACACUUCUUAGAGACAUUUCCUCUUUCUUAAAUUUGUCAUCUUCGGAGAACAUUAACUCAGAACCAGUUCAGAAAUACUACCAGGGAGCAGAAGAGAUACUAAAGGUGUUGAAGCCCAUAAUUCUUAAUGCAAUCUUUGAUUCAGAAAUUACCUCUGAUGAAGUGCUUAGCAAGGAAUUUAAAGAAUUAGGUGUCUCUGUAGAAGAACUGCUACAGCAAUUUGAAAGAUGGCAACCCCUUUCGAGUAAAGCUUACUUUGUUCUGCAAGUUGAGUCAUUGAUAUCAGAGAUUCGAAAUUCUUGCUUGGACAUAUUCCGGGUCUUAAAGUCUUCCCAUCAGCAUCUUCCUUAUGAAUUGAGUUCAGCAUCUCUCGAGCUCCACUUGCAGAAAAUUAAGCAUGUAGGAUAUGAACAAACGUCAUCUGUCAUUAAGGAAGCAAAAAGGGAUCAAGUGGGUAAUUUUGGGCCAAGCUCAGAAAUACUAUUGAGAAUUGCUGAGAGCUUGAGCUUGAAUUCAAACAUGGAGGUUCUGAUAGAGGCUGUUGCCCUUGAAAAGUUGAAGGAGAACACUGCACAAGCUGAAAAACUUGCAGAAGUUGAUUGUAUUGAUCAGCUUAUUGCUCUUAUAACUAACAUGCAUCAUUGCCUUUUCUUAAAAAAACAAUCUCCGACCUGUAGCUCAGUUCCCACACCUCUUGAUUUCAUCUGCCCCCUUUCCCUAGAGCUAAUGACUGAUCCGGUGAUUGUGGCAUCAGGACAAACCUAUGAGCGGUCUUUCAUCAAGAAAUGGUUUGAUCUUGGGCUCACCGUGUGCCCCAAGACAUGGCAGACUUUGGUUCAUACCCUUUUUAUACCUAAUUACACAAUGAAGGCACUGAUUGCAAACUGGUGCGAGUUAAACAAUGUGAAGUUGCCUAAUCUCGUGGAGUCCACUUUAAAUCAGGUCUAUCCGCCUCGUGCAACUAAGGUUAAGAAGUUGGUUGAGGACUUGAAGAGUAAAUCCAACAAUGUGAAGUUGCCUGAUCUCGUGGAGUCCACUUUAAAUCAGGUCUAUCCGCCUCGUGUAUCUAAGGUUAAGAAGUUGGUUGAGGACUUGAAGAGUACAUCAACUGAUACUCAAAGGGUGGCCACAGCUCAACUCCGGUUACUUGCCAAGCAGAAUAGGGAUAAUCGGAUUAUAAUAGCAAACUGUGGGGCGAUUAUCUUGUUAGUUGAUUUACUUAAUUCACCAGAUACAAAGACUCAGGAAAAUUCUGUUACAGCACUUCUCAACCUAUCAAAUAUUGAUAACAACAAAACAGCAAUUGCUGAUGCAAAUGCUAUUGAGCCUCUGAUUCAUGUGCUCAAGACAGGAAGUCCUGAAGCUAAAGAAAACUCGGCUGCCACUCUCUUCAGUCUUUCAGUCAUUGAGGAUAACAAAGUCAGGAUCGGAAGGUCUGGGGCAAUCAGGCCUCUUGUUGAUUUGCUGGGAAAUGGUACUCCUCGAGGAAAGAAAGAUGCAGCGACAGCCUUGUUUAAUCUAUCAAUAUUUCAUGAAAACAAGGCCCGAAUUGUAAAAGCCGGUGCUGUAAGAUACCUUGUCCAUUUGAUGCACCCAGCAGCUGGAAUGGUCGAUAAGGCAGUAGCUGUUUUGGCAAGUCUUGCUACAACUUUUGAAGGGAGGACUGCAAUUGGGCAGGAGGGUGGAAUUCCCUUACUGGUUGAGGUUGUUGAAUUGGGUUCAGCAAGAGGAAAGGCAAAUGCUACUGCUGCUCUUUUACAGCUCUGCACAAACAGUAGUAGGUUUUGCAUGAUGGUGCUGCAAGAAGGAGCUGUUCCACCACUAGUGGCAUUGUCCCAGUCCGGCACCCAGAGAGCCAAAGAGAAGGCACAGGCACUUCUGAGCUACUUCCAAAGGCACUAUCGAAUAUUCAGAUCGAUUUGAAUGUAAGCUAUUGCUUAGUUUCUUUGCAGGCAAGCAAGUUCUGAAAAUUUAUGAUCUAUUUAUUUCCCUUUAUUUUGUUAUUGAUUAGUUGAGUUUCAACUUAAUUGAAAAAUUGCCAAAAAUUUGUAACAAAUAUUAUUAUGAGUGUGUUUUGGCCUUUGCAUAUUUUUAUAUAUAAUUUAGAAAAAUACAUAUAUAGGAUAAGGUCAGACACCGUAAUCUUUUAACAUAUUUAAUUUUACCCUUUCAAUCAAAGCAUUAUUUGAGUUUGAUAUGUA